AUGAGAUUAAGGCUUUCGACCAACAGUUGAAGGAAAUUCAAAGCCUUGCGGAACAAGGCGAUGAGAACAAUCCGCAAUACCCUGAGCUACUUGAAUGGGCGAGAGGCAAAAGUUUGAAAGAUUUUACGGCAGCCCUCGAAGAGCUUGAGGCCAAAUUAAACGUUCCGGGAUGGAGGAAAUCGUCGCGGAAGCUGCUUUGGCCUUUUCGCAAGCCGAAAAUGGAGCGUUACCUGGGCUUGGUGGAAGAGCAGAGAUCGAAACUGCAUCUUUUGCUAACCACAGCGACAACGUAGGUUAUCUAUUCUGCAAGAAUCUUACUUCUCCGCUUCCUUUUCGUUUUGGUAGCAAGACUAACCAGUGCUUUAGGAAAACGGUAACUAAGGUGUUGCGAAAACUAGACGGUACUUGGUCGCCUUAUCCCUAACCCUGACAAUUUUCUCUUGACUAAUACCAGAUAUUCCUAACCCCUAGAGAAGGAACUCCGAGAAGUACAGAAGUGGCUCAACGUCGUCGAUCCGGCUUCUAAUUAUUCAUCCGCUCUGGCUGUUCGUGAACCGGGUACUGGAGGUUGGCUGAUUGGGGGACCGGAGUACGUGGAUUGGAAGGAAGGCAGAGGGGGGGUUCUCUGGCUCCAUGGUAUACGUAUGUCUAGAGACGAGGGAAACAUUAUGCUCCGAAGAGUGUCACUAACAUUUGUGUCCUCUAGCUGGAUGUGGCAAGAGUGUACUGAGGUGCGAACCGGACAGGGUAUCCAGAGGUGCAAUAUAAUUUCUGUAUUACUAACUUACUCUUUAGCGCUACCGCUAUUGAAGAUCUCCAACAUCUGUGCAACGCACACGAUGAUUAUGCAUUAGCUUAUUUCUACUUCACCUUCAGCGACUCCGAGAAGCAGGAAUUGCACAAUAUGCUCUUAUCCCUUAUUGGCCAACUUCCAAAAAAGCCUUCGGAUCGGGGUUUGCCGGGUGCAGUUGUAGAUCUCUACAAUAGCACCAAGGCAAUUGGAAAGUCGGCGGAUACCACAGCUCUGAAGGGUCUGUUGUCGCAUAUUAUAAAGGAUUUCAGGAAGACGUUUAUCGUUCUCGAUGCCUUGGAUGAAUUCCCCAAGAACACACGAGAGAGUCUCCUAUCUUGGAUCGGUGAGCUUACGGCUAAUCAUAUGGUUGGCUCGCUCUCGGUUCUUGUCACGAGCCGUCCCGAGGCCGAUAUAAUGCGAACACUAGGACCACUAGCCGCUUUUCCAAUACCGCUACAAUCUAAAACUGUCGAUCAGGAUAUUCGGACAUAUGUCCAGAAAUCUCUAGGCGGCAAGGAUGGCUUCAAGAAGUUUACCAAAGAAAUAAAGAAUGAGAUAGAGGACACACUAGUUUCUAGUUCGCAGGGAAUGUAUGUUAUGCUCCACUAUUCAGAUUUUGAUUUACGCUGAUACAAGUGUGGGGGUGUUCAGGUUCCGAUGGGUGGAUUGUCUUCUGCGAAUUCUAUAGGAAUGCAUAACACCAGGAGAUGUGAGAACUGCCUUGGGAGAACUUCCGAAAGACUUAGAUUCUGUCUACUUGAGGAUCCUGGAAAGCAUCCACGAGAAGCAGGGGGAAUAUAUUCGGCGAGCGAUGCAUUGGCUCGCAUUUUCCGAAGUACCCUUGACGUUAGGCCAGCUUGCGGAGGCCGUCGUGAUCGAGUACGAUGUCGAGAAAUAUGGCGAGGAUCCCGAGACUGGGACUCUUUUCGAUGUGAAUUGUUUCAUGAGCAUUUGUCCUAGCCUUAUUUCCUUCGAGGAUGCCAGGGACGAUGAAUCCCCCCAGGAAAACAGACGAUUACGACUGGCACAUUUCUCGGUCAAGGAAUAUUUGAUCUCCGACCGGGCAGCUCAGGGCCCCAGUGCCAGCUAUCAUAUUUCGGAGGAUAAAGCCAAUUUACUGAUGGCUCAUUCUUGCCUUAGU